AAGACACUACAACAUAAGAACUAUCGAUGGACUUUCAUUGUAAUCUCCUCCAUUCUUCCAAAGCUAAACGGCGAUUUAGAAGAGGAAAACGACGGACGAGGAGCUUCGCAGCAAAGCGGAGUAGCUUCGAAGCACACGUGCGAGGAAAGCUUUGAUAGGUUUCGGGACUGAUUAAAGGAGGGAGGAAAAGAGAAGUUGAAAAGGAUGGAGAACGUAAUGGAGAGGUUGAAGAAGAUGGAGAAUGUAAUGGCCACUCUAAGCAAUGCUCUUGACGAAAUGCACACUCAAAGCAUUCAUACAAAGGCUGUAAAAGUAACUUGCAUUGUUCCAACAAGUGAAGCCCAUAGCAAGGAGGAGAGGUUGGAGAAGAUGGCGAAUGUAAUGGCCACUCUACGCAACGCCCUCGACAAAAUGCACACUCAAAGCAUUCAUACAAAGGAUGUAUCAGCAACCUGCAAUGUUCCAACAAGUGAAGCCCCUAGCAAGGAGGAAAUAUCAGCUCAUGGUGCUCCUAAUCCUAAGCAAGAUGCCAUCCACCUCAACUCGGCUUUCAAAGGAACAGGUCUUAACCUUGGGAAAGUGAUCAGUAUUCUUGCCAACCGUGAUACCACCCAACGAAGGCUCAUCCAACAAGAAUAUAGAUUGUUGUAUUCCGAGGAACUCAACGACCGUCUCUCCCAAGAGCUCGAUUGGAAUCUUAGUUGGAACCUCGGUGGGAAUAUUAAUGCAAUCUUAAAGAAAAAUGUUAAGAGUGCAAUCUUGCUUUGGAUGCUUGAUCCAGUGGAACGUGAUGCAACCAUUGUGGGAAAAGCACUAACGUUGACGACUCUUAAUUUGGAUGCUGCUACUGAAGUCAUAUGUUCGCGGACCCCAUCCCAAGUACGACUAUUUAAAGAGGCAUACUUCAAGAAAUAUGGUACUCAACUCGACUCCGAUAUCAGCUCUAGAACCAAAGGCAAUCACAAGAAGUUGCUAGUUGCAUGUGUAAAUGUGGCACGUGAUGAGGAAACAGAGGUUGAUCCAAAGAUGGUGGAGGAGGAUGCCAAGAAGUUAUUUAAAGAUGGGGAAAAGACUUUUGUUCGGAUUUUUAGUGAACGAAGCUGGGCCCAUUUGGCUGCAGUUGCUUCUUCUUACCAUCGUACGUAUGGAAACUCACUUGAAAAGGCUGUAAAGAAGGAAACAUCUGGACAUUUCAAGCAUGCACUUUUAACUCUCUUAGGAUGUGCCAUGAAUCCUGCUGAGUACUUUGCUAAGGUGUUGUACAAGGCCAUGGAAGGAUUUGGGACAACUGACUCCACACUUAUAAGGGUAGUGGUCACAAGAGCUGAGAUUGAUAUGAUGCAUAUAAAGGAAGAAUACUCAAAGAAAUACAAGAAGUCGCUGCAGGAUGCAAUACACUCAGAGACAUCAGGCGAUUACCGAACCUUUCUCCUUUCUCUUGUGGGCCCCGUUGAACCAUAGAAGGAAAAUGGCAAUGGAAGUGCACUUUCCCGACACAGAUAAAGCACACAUUUGCAUGAGCUGGAGAACAUAUGAGAUGAUCCCUGCUCUCUGUAUGCUAUAUCUUGAAGGAGAGAUGAGACAGUGAGUUGGUAGAUCCAGAAUAAAGUAGAGCCUCAAUAAGAGAAUGACAUUUGGUAAUUUAAAAGAACUAUAUAUA